AUGGCAACCCACCACCAAGAGAAGGCCCAGGCAUUAGGCUUCGAGGGCGUCGAGUCCAAUGCUCCAUCCGAUGACGACUUCGCUCGCAUCGAUGCCUUCACUACGACAGAACAAAAGAAGAUAAUCAGACGCAUCGAUCGCCGCCUGGUUUUGACGCUGGCAUUCAUGUACUGCGUCAGUCUGAUGGACCGAACCAACUCGGGUAUCGCUGGCGUGGCUGGCAUGGGCGUCGACCUCAGGUUGGACAUCGGCGCGAGAUACAGCAUCAUCACUCUUGUCUUCUUCUUCACAUACGUAUUCCUCCAGCCACCAGCCACUGUCAUACUCCGCAAGAUGGGGCCAAAGUUGUUCCUACCCACCAUCUGCCUCGCCUGGGGCUGCACCUACCUGCUCUCUUGCUGGUAUCCCCGCUACGAGCUACAGAAGCGCAAUGCAGUGUUUUAUCUUAUCGGGAGUAUGGCCUCCGCCUUCUCCGGCAUCUUGUCGUACGGCUUCAUGCAGAUGAACUCUCUGGGCUCGGGCGACAAUCUUGGCCAAAGCUAA